UGUGCUUAUGAUCUUCUUUGCGUGGGUGUGUAUAGGUGUAUUGUGGCAGCUGUCAAAACAUUGUGUGUUGUGAUGCUUGAAGUCUUUGUCUUGGUGUAAAACUUGUUUUAUGCUAUCACAAUUUAUUGAAAUGGACAGCACUUGGUAAAAACAGUUUCAUAAAUCCACCGACAUUUUGUAAUUGGCACGUUUAAAGUUAAAAAUGAAUAACACCGAAAUUGAACGGGGAGAAGAGUCUGUCAGUGGUGGAGCGGACGAAAAUAUAAAUCUGACAUCGCACAGCAGAACGCAUUUAUUAAAUCCUUCCAGAAUAAAUAGACUUCCUCAGUUUGUGGCUGCGUUUGUAGCUACAAUUGGCGCAUUUGCAAUGGGUACAGUUAUGGCAUGGACUGCACCAGCCAGCGGGGAAUUACAAUCUAAAUUCAAUUUCAACAUCUCAGAAAUAUCAUGGAUUGGUUCAUUUGUAGCACUUGGUGCUGCAGCAGUUGUGUUACCUGUCGGGUAUUUAACUGAUAAGCUCGGCCGCAAAUUGACCAUGCUAAUUUUGGUUACACCAUUCUUAGGAGGAUGGGCUGUUAUCUUGUGGGCCAAAACUUGGGAAGCAUUAUGCGCUGGUCGUUUCAUAGUUGGAAUGGCUGGUGGAGCUUUUACAGUAACAGUACCUAUUUAUAUUGGUGAGAUAGCUGAUAAUGAAAUACGGGCAACUCUCGGUAGUUUCUUCCAGUUAAUGGUGGUUGUUGGUGUGUUGUUUGUGUACAUAGUAGGUCGGGAAUGUAAUUUGUUUUGGAUGAGUGCCAUAUGUGGGCUUGUCCCAAUCGUUUUUGGCGCAGCCUUUGUUUUUAUGCCGGAGACACCUGCAUACUAUUUAGGAAAAGGCAAGGAAGAUGCAGCAAGGAAAUCACUUCUGUGGUUGCGUGGAACUGAAUGUGAUUUGGAACAAGAUAUAGCGCAAAUGAAGCAAGCGGAAGAAAACAGCUCAAGGCCAAGACCACCAGACUCUCGAAGUGCCACGAAGAUGUCACUGUUUAUUGCACUUGGACUUAUGACAUUUCAGCAGCUGAGUGGCAUCAACGCCAUUAUAUUUUACACAACAGACAUAUUCCAUGCAGCUGGAAGCACAAUUGAACCCAGUAUAUGCACUAUUGUAGUUGGCACUAUGCAAGUGGGGGCAACACUUUGUUCGUCAUUAGUCAUUAACCGAUUAGGCUGUCGUGUUUUACUGCUUACUUCUGGAUUUGUGAUGGCAACUUGUACGUACACGCUUGGAGUAUUUUUCCAUCUCCAGGCCAGGUAUGGUGUAGACUAUGUUAGAAAUUUUGAUUGGUUGCCAUUGGCCAGCCUUUGCCUUUACAUUAUAGUUUUUUCUAUUGGCUUCGGACCUGUUCCUUGGAUGAUGAUGGGUGUCCUUUUCCCGCCUCAUAUAAAGGGACUUGCAAGUUCCAUUACUUGUUUAGUCAACUGGAUGUUAGUGUUUGUUAUUACAAAAUUUUUUGCAAAUCUGUUAGUGUUUGCAGGCACAGCUUCAACAUUUUGGCUCUUCUCAUUAAUAACUGCAAUUGGCACAGUCUUUGUUUUCUUUGUUGUUCCAGAAACUAACGGAAAAUCACUUGAGGAAAUUCAAAUGGAGUUAUCAGGCAGUGAAAGUUAACUUUAUUUAUUGGAAUUUUAUUUAUUUAUUUGUCCAUAUAAAUCUCUUUUUAAGUACAUAUAUUGUACACAGAAUCACUUUGUAGAAAUGAGAGCAAGAUAUAUCACUCAUAACAGAUGAUGAUUAAUGCAGCUAUGUGUAUCAAACAGUUAGGUUCUUAAUGAAGAUAUAUGCCCAUGUCUUUUUAUAUCAUCAUCUGCUGUGAAAGAGUAACUUGAGGUUUAUGGCUUACUGUUAUUUUAUACUCCAUUUAUAAUGUUUAAAAUUUACCAAAGAACAAUGAACUAUGGGUUCCCACUAUUCUGCUAAAAUAUACUCAACUCUUUAGUUUUACAUUUUUAAGUUCAGAUGCCUGCCUAGUGCUAUCUUUUCCUAUGUGUGGUAGUAAUGGACUGCAUACUUUUCAACUCCAUAUUUAUGUGGGUAGAAACAUCCAGGGGUAAACUGGUGUUGUAAUUACAUUUAUUUUUACAAAGUGACCCUGAAAUGUGUGAAAAUUCAGAAUGGUAUAUUGUUAUACUAUAAACAUGUAUAACUUAUGUAAUUUAUAAUUUGUGAUUGAGAUGUUCAUUGAUAACUCAAUAUUUUUCCCUUUAGAUGUGUGUGUUAAAUAUACUUAAAGACGACUUAUGUCUGCAUGUUACUGUGAUAGUUGUAGGGGAAUGAUAUUGAGAACUACAGAGUGUAUAAUUGUGUUGUUGUAAAAUCCUGGUUACAGGUGGAUAUAAGAUAAUUAACGCUUACCUAACAGCAUUAUGAAUGCUACUAAAUAAAGAAGUGUUAAUGUAAAGAUUUCCAAGCAUUGGUUUUUUUUUUUUUUUAUAUCUGCUGAAGAUUAUCUGUGGGGCAUAGAAAAGUGGAUUUGAAUUUCUUUAUUGAGCCUGUAAAUCAUAAUUUAGUAUGUAGUUUGCACAAAUAACAUUGAACAGUGAGGUCUGAUAUACUAAAUAUCAUUUAUAUAUGCCAUUUUGAAAAAUAGUUAAGUAGGCCUACAUGCUGCAUGAUGGUAACAUCUAUAAAAACAAAUAAAAUCACCCAAAGAAUAGUAUGGUUGAUGAAGUAUAUUAAUUCUUGUGGUGUUCCAAAUACUCAGAAACAGAAUACAAGCAGUACCCUUUGUGUGUAAUUUUAAACAUCUGUAAAUUGGGUAUAUGUUUCAAAUAGGAUAGCUUGUGGCAUAAUGGUAGUGUGAUACAGUCCUCCUAUAUAAAUGUAUUGUAAUGACAUGUAGGUUAUGCUUAUGCCUAGGAACAUAAGAGUGAAAAUCACAGUAAUGCUUGAAGAUCUUCUUUUAAUGUGCUUCCUUUUGUGAAGGUAAUGGAAACACAGAAUGGACAGUGUACUGAGACUUUUAAAUAUUCGUCUGUAGGAGUUUCUAUAUUUAGCAUGUUUUAUUAUUCUGACAAUCUUUUUCUCUAGUCUCAGUGUUUUUCUUUUAAUUAUAGAGUUCCUCCAAAAAGUAAUUCAAACAUCAGUGUAUUUGUAUAUUUAUUGAUCCACUCAAUCGUUCAAUGUACAGAAGUGUACAUGUAACAUGAUAUUGCACAAGUUAAACAAAUGAAAUGAGAACAUAUACAGACAUAGCUCUGCUUCUUAUAGUGUGCAUCUCACUGAAGAUCUAUUACAUAUGUAUCCAGAAUAAUACCAGAGUAAGAAUAAGUUCAAAUAAUAAUGCUGGCUGUCAAACAGCAUACGUUCGUUAAUGGACAAUAGGUUAUUUGUAAUGAAACAUCUUGAAUUUUGAAACAUAAUAAUAUAUAUAAUUUAAUUUAUGAUAGAUCACAUUCAAGAAAGUCUUGUAUGCUGUAAAAGUAAUGCUUUGUUAGGAGUGCUCUUAAGGGUGUUUUUUGUUGAAUGCUUUGUACUUGUGGGAGAUGGUUGUAGAGUUUGAUUCCCAUAUGUUUAACACUAUUGCUGUACAGUUUAGUAGAAUGUGGAACUAGCCUUAACAAUUUUUUUGACCUUGUGUCAUGGUGGUGGCUGUUCAGAUUCCUGUGCAGUCUGUUGAUGUUUUGUUUAAUAAAACAGAGAAUUUGCAAUAUACCCCAAAAAAUAAUUCCAUGGCGUAGUACUGAAUGGAAAGAGUAUAAUACAUGUAUGUCAAUGUGCUGGCAUUUAGCUUGUCCCUCACUGAGUGGAGCAUAAAACAAACUUUGCUUAGCCUGGAUCAUGUCAAUAUCACUGUUCCAAGAGAAUGUAUCAUUCAUGUCAAUCCCUAAGAAUUAUGUUUCAUUGACAAAUUCUAUAGUGUUACAGUUGUAACCUGGGGAGUUCUGUUCUGAAUGUUGUAAAACGUUAGGCAUAUUGUCUUUUUUGCAUUUAGGAGCAGUCUAUUUUAUGCAAGCCAUGAAUCUAGUUGGGUUGUAUUUCUAUUAACUACUGACUGAAGAGAUUCAUCUGUAUUUGAUGUAAGGAUAUUAGUAUCCUCAGCGAAUAAAAUGCCUUGCUAGUGGGUGGGGUGGAAGGGAGGUCAUUUAUUUAAAGUGGAAAUAAUAAUGGACCUACAACAGAGCCCUGUGGCACACCAUGUUUUAUGAUAUAUCGAUGAAUGCACCACAUUUAGUGUUCUGAAUGAUUGACUUCAUUUGUAUGAAUGUACUGUGCCCAGUCUGACAUAGCUGCUGAGCCAGCCGUUAGUAUUCCCCAUUUCCUGUAAGAUACAACUUUGGCAAAAGUAUGUUGUGAUUUACCAUGUCAGAAAUCUUUCUGAGGUCAACAAAGACAUCUGUAGCUGGGCAUUCCUUGUCAACAAGAUGUACAGUAGAAUCGAGAAAUUCAGAUAUUGCAUCAGUAGUAGUUUUAUUUUCUCAGAAAUUAUGCUGAGCAGAAGAAAAUGUAAUGUUUCCCUAAUAAAUGAUUUUAGUCUGGCAGCCAUUGCAUAUUCAAAUAUUUUGCUGAAUAUAGACAGCGCUGCAACUGGACGGUAGUUGCUAGGAUCAUCUUUUUUUGAUCCCUUCUAUGUAUGGAUAUGAUUUUUGCUAUUUUAAGUUUUCUUGGGAAUACUGUAUCUGAGAAUGAAGCAUUUGUUACAUGAGGCAGUGGUUCAUUAACAAAUUUGCUGCAGCAGUGAAGAAGGAAGCAAGAGAUCAUGUCUUCUCCUGCUGAUGAUUUUUUUCUUUAUUUUAUUAUGAAUUAUCUUUUCUAUCUCUGCUCCUAAUGUUGGUUAAGGUAUUGAGAACUGGUUUGGAGGGGGGGGGGGGCAAUUACUUUUUAGGUGUUCUAUUAGUUUUUAUACAGUUAAAUUCCCGAGCUACUUCCUCUUGGUCAGUAAUAAACAUUGCAUUUACUUUAAGUUUAAUGUUACUAACACUAUUUCUAGUACUACCUGUUUUUGCAUUAAUUAUUUGCCAUAGGCAUUUGCUUUUGUUAUAUGAAGGGUGUCAUUGUGUAGUUUUUUUGCAGCAUUCGCCCCAUUUCUAAUUAUUCUUUUGUAGGCAGUGAAAUACUUCUUAAAUUGUUCACUUUGCCAAGAUUUGUCUUGCUGAGGGAGGAAAGCUCUCUCUUCCUCUUUGCUGAGGUUGUAAUACCUGUUGUAAUCCAACUGGGGAUACCCUGUUGUUAUGUAUAUUUUUGUUUUUAAAGGGAAAUGGCAAUUGAAUUAGCAACAGAAAAUGUUUAAAAAGGUUUCAAACUUUCGGUCUACUGUUUGAGAGUGGUGUAGUGUCUCGCAAUUUUCUCUCUACAUAUAGUACAAAAAUUAAGAACAUUGCUUUGACAAAAAUUUCUGCUUUGUAUUGUCAUUGUUGUGAGUUGAGGUUUACUUCUCAGAAAGACUGGCUGUAUAAUUGGUGCAUUAUGAUCAGAAAAUCCUAGAUUUACAGACCUAACAGAACAAUCCAUGUUGUUAACUACAUGGUGAAGAGCACUUACGCACUUACACUAUGGUUGACUACCCUAGUAACUGGAUGCUGCCAUGGUACAUUGUGGUCUCUGAUGCAUGGCCUGCAUUUUGUGAGAGGAUUCUUACAAGGAGGUUGUUUCAAAAAGGACUUUACAACUUUAAAAAUAAAUAUAAAUUUAUUGAAAGAAGAUAGAGAGCUGAGUUUAGUGUUAUUUUGUAAGGAAACGCAUAAAAUUUUUUUUCACCAUAAACUAAAGAUGUUGUAUGUGUCUUCCAUUGAUUAUCCUGCACACAUCCUAUCGGAAGUCAAUUUCUGCCCAAACUCACUGUAGCAUUGCAGGUGUAACUUGCUCAGUGGCAGUGUAAAUUCUUGCUCUAAGUUCAGGCAGAGAAGCUGGCACAGGAGGACAAACACAAUAUCCUUGAUGAAACUGCAUUUAAAAAAAUCAAGCGAUAUCAGGUCUGGGGAACAUGGGGAUCCAUGCAAUUGGUGCCUGAUGGCCAAUCAAUUGACCUGGAAUGUGAUCACUGAGACCCUAUUUCAACAAAACAUUUAUGCCACUCACAAACUGUAGCACUACUAGGAGAAUCUUUAGCAUACUUCGUAGGGGAAUUAUGCUGAACUGUUGUUGCUGACUUCAAUUCUUCAAACCAAAACACACAGCUAACAUGCUUGUGUCCAGUGAAGGCAACCGUCUUUAAUGCAACUGCCACUAGUGCUCUUUACAGUGUGAUUUGGCACUAGUGAACUAUGCGAGACAAAACUUGAUGUAUUUCCCUACAAAUUGACACUACAAUCACCUCUGCAGGAACUAUGAAUUAAUUUAUAUGAAUUUUCAAUGUUGUCAAGUCAUUUUUGAAACACCCUGUAUAUGAAUGUAUAUAACAUUUUAUUUACAUGAUUCAGGUUUUUCCUGAAUAUGCAUACUUAAAAAUUUUGCCUCUCUCACCAAUGGCACAAGUUUUCCACCAUCAUUCAGAAUCAGUGUUUCAAGGUGAAAAUAUUAUUAUUACUGUGGUCCCAUUAGUUACAUUUUUGCCCUUGAUAGUCAUUAACAUAAAGUAUGAAAAUGGACCCAAGAACUUACCCUUGGAGUCCAUAUGUGAUAUUUUUGUGCAUUAUUAUGAAAAUUAGGAACUUUGUAUGUUUUUGUAUCUUCUUGUAUAUUAUUUGAGUGAUCUGUUAAUCAUGAAUGUAAGAAUUGAUCUACCUGCUUGGUUGGUUAUUUAGUUUCUGCAACAGAAUGUCAGUUACAUCAAAAGCUUCACUAAAGUCAAGAAUAUUCAAAAAAAAAUGUUGUAGCUAAAAUUUACAAUCGGCUGCCCAUGCUCAUCUUAGGUUUCCUUGACGGCCCUAUGUAAAGUUUUACCGAUGUUGCGUAUUAUCUGCUACAGUUAGUAUUUUAUCUAGGAAGGUGAAAACAGCUGACUGGGUGAUCUCCAGUUCUGAAUCCAUGUUUUGAAUCACUUGUUAUCAUUUCUUUAUUUAGGAAGGCUGUUUCUCUCCUAAGAAACAGUUUCUCAAGAGUUUUCCCAAAAGUUUAAUAAGACUGAUACAGGCUUAUAGUUUGCUGCUUUACAUUUGUCUCCUUUCUUGUACAGUGCUGUUACUGUUGCAGUUUCCAGACAUUUUGGGAAUAUACCACUCAUCAAAGAUGAAUUGUAAGGCUUCUUGUGUAAAUACUGCACUUGCUUUGAUGAUAAUACCCAGUAUAUAAGCAGCAAACACUGAAUAUAUAUUGGGUCAUCUUUUUAUAAUCAUAGAUAAUUUCUCAGGUGUCGUAAAAGACAUGAAUAGUGUUCUUGUAUGUAUUUUUGAAUGUGGCGGUAGUCUGUUAUUAUGUUGCUGCAUUUUAUGGUGUUUGGUACUCAUGUGUUGUGCAGUACUUGAAAAGUAAUGGUUAAAUUUACUAGCCACUACUGUGGGGUCAGUUACUUUAUUGUUGGUUUUUUUUAUGUUGUAGUGGUCUAAAGUCAUUGCAUCUGUUUCUUUUUUAAUGUUUUUCCAGGUUGCUUUAGUCUUGUUCCUGGAAUUUUGUAUUUGUGUGUCAUUUUCUGCCUCCUUUCCUUUUGAUAUCACUUGCCUAAGUAUUCAUUUAUACCGUUUAAAAUCAUCAAUAAAAAGGAUUCAUGGUUUACUUUUAUUUGGCAUGAUAUUUUUAUUCCUGCUGUAAUCCACUUAUGAAUUACAGACUUUAUGUACAGAAUUUAUUAGUAAUGUUUGUUUGUCAAAAGCUAUUUAAAAAAUUAAAAAAUGUUUAGUUGGCCAUAAAUUUGUCAAACUUAUCAUUUGUAUUAUAUCAAUAAGAAUAAUCACUUUUUGAAAAUGUAGUUGGAUAGAUGAAAAAUGUACUCACCAAGCAAUGGCAAGAGAAAACACACACAGAAGCUGAGGAAAUGUUCAAAGCUUUAGGAACCAAGAGGUAUUGAAGGGGAAGGAAGAGGGAUAAAGGAAAAGGACUUGUGAGGUUUGAGAAAUGGGGAGAAUUCUUUUCCCUUCAACCGUUUGCCAAGAGGAGGAAUUCUGGCUCUGAAAGGCUCACAUUUCCUUAACUUUCAUUUGUUUUUUCUACUGCUGCCAUUUUAUGAAUAGAUUUUUUUAUCUACCUAAUUAUA